AUGAAAAGUUACAAAGGCAUGAAAUUUAAAAGGUAGCUAAUCCCUUUACUUCUCAUUCUCCCAAUUUGAAGAAGAAUGUCAUUGUUGAGAUCAAGGUACGUUCUCACUCUUCCUUCUUCCAACUUGUUUCUUGUUCGAUUCUUCUCUCACAAUCACAAUCUUGUUACUGUUGAUGAUGCUGUUUCCUCAUUCAACCGCAUGCUCAAAACAAACCCUACCCCUCCCAUCUUCAAAUUCGGUAAGAUUUUAGGUUCUCUUGUUAAGAUCAAACAUUACAAAACUGCUAUUUCCCUUUUUCAACAAAUGGAACUUUAUCGAAUUCCAACCGACAUUGUUAAUUUGAGCAUCUUGAUUAACUGUUACUGCCACCUUCAUCAACUCAAUUUUGCAUUUUCUGUAUUCGCCAACAUUCUCAAGCUAGGUUAUCAUCCAAAUACUAUAACAAUUAAUACACUUAUCAGAGGUCUCUGUAACAUUGGAAAAAUUAAAGAAGCACUUCACUUUCACGAUGACGUUAGAGCGAACGGGUUUCAACUUGAUCAUUUUAGCUAUGGGACGUUGAUCGGUGGUUUAUGUAAAAUAGGAGAAACAAAAGUUGCUUUGCAGGUUCUUAAAAAGAUUGAAGGGUCCUUAGUUAAGCCUGACGUGGUAAUGUACAACACAAUCAUUGAUAGUUUCGGAAAGGAUAAACUUGUCAAAGAUGCUUUUGAUUUAUAUUCUGAAAUGAUUGUCAAAGGAAUUUCUCCUGAUAUUAUCACUUAUAGUACUUUAGUGAAUAGCCUUUGUAUUGUCGGUCAAUUGAAAGAAGCAGUUGCUUUGUUAAAUGAAAUGUCGUUGAAAAAUAUUAGCCCAGAUGUUAGGACUUUCAAUACAUUGAUUGAUGGUUUUUGUAAGGAAGGAGAGGUGGAAAAAGCUAGAAGUGUGUUGGCUGUUAUGAUAAAACAAGGCGUGAAACCUGAUGUUAUUACUUAUAAUUCUUUGAUGGAUGGAUAUUUCUUGGUUAAAGAAGUGAACAAGGCUAAACACGCAUUCAACUCUUUUGUUCGAAGAGGAGUGAAACCUAAUAUUCAAAGCUACAAUGUUAUGAUAGAUGGUUUAUGUAAGAGUAGAAUGGUGAAUGAAGCUGUGAAUCUCUUCAAAGAAAUGCAUUUGAAAAACAUGGCUCCUAACACUAUAACAUACAAUUCCCUUAUUGACGGACUUUGUAAAUCGGGGAGAAUCUCUGAUGUUUGGGAUCUCAUAGAUGAGAUGCAUGACAGAGGCCAACCUGCUAAUGUGAUCACUUAUAAUUCUUUAUUGGAUGCUUUGUGCAAAAACCAUAAGGUUGAAGAGGCAAUUGCAUUAUUAAAGAAGAUCAAAGACCAAGGGAUUCUUCCAAGCAUGUAUACAUACACUAUACUUGUUGAUGGACUAUGCAAAAAUGGAAGACUUAAGGAUGCACAUAAGGUUUUUCGCAAUCUUUUGAUUAAGGGCUAUCAUUUAGAUACUAAAAUGUAUACUGUGAUGGUUAAUGGACUCUGUAAAGAGCGCUUGUUUGAUGAAGCAUUUUCCUUAAUGUCGCUAAUGGAAGACAACAAUUGCACACCUAAUUUUGUAACUUACGAAAUUCUUGUUCGUGCUUUGUUUGAAAAUGGAAAGAAUGAUAAGGCGGUGAAAGUUCUUCAUGAAAUGAUUGCUAAAGGUCUACUACAACAUUAAAACUAGGGGAGAUGUUUUUGUUAUUUUGAAUUUUAAAACAGCCAUCAAAUUCUCCAGAUCACCGGAACCUCUAAUCAAAGGCGUGUCUAGUGUCUAACACCAACACACGUGGUUACAUUCAAAUUAUUUAUAUUAGUCUUUUAAUAUUCAGUACAUUAGACAAUUACUGUUAUACCAUUCUUGCCAAUUAUGAUCACAGUUGCUUGUUGGAUGUAUGAAUGAAUCCUUGGGCUGUUUCUGAAUCUAAUGGUAUGCCUGUAUUUGGUUUAACAGUAUCCUUAUUUAAGGUUUACUAGU